CUGUGCAUAGAGUGGCUUUUUUCGUUGUUGCUGUCGUUUCCCAGGCGGUGUCCACUUGCAUUCUGAGCCGUCGCUGCAGGCGAGCUAGUCAGAGCAACCAAGGAAAGAAAUCUAGAAUUCUUGACUUGUCAAAAUGUCAAUGCAGCCUAGUUGUUCUUGUCAGUUUGUGCAAGAAACCUCGGACUCCACAAUGCUUUCUCUCUAGGGCUAUCAAUGUUUUUUCUGCUGUAACUGGUCCUGCAGAGCAGAAAGUUGGCUGCUCUACAGGAAGACACGCGCGUCCUGCGCGGCCCGGCGGAGUCAAGUUUGACACAGAGCAUGGGAAAUGUGUGCUGUGCAAGCCGGCAGGACCUAGACGCUUCGUCCAGGGAGGAUAUGCAAGGCAGUUCGGCAUCUGAUUUGGAGCUGGAAUCCCAGGAGGCACCUCAAAGCAAGCCCUGUCUUCAGCACAUAAGUGAUCGCGAAGACUUGACGAGCCAUGUAGGAACGCUGUUCAGUGCUAGAAAAGAGCGGCGGAAAUCGUCAGUUGUUGCUGCAACUACUCCUAUAAAAUUUCCUGGUGCUUCUGCAAGGGAGCCGCUUGCUGGUAAUCCUGCUUCUGGGAUACGGUUUUCACAGUCUCCGAGUAUUCAUGAAAAUGCUCCUACCAGUUUAGUAGCCAGUAAACGGUUUAGUUCGUGUGGAACGAUAUUUCUCGGAGACAGUACUGUUUCUCAGCCCAAUUUGAAGGUGACUCUGCAGUGUGUCGCGAUUGCCACGCAUUUACACAUACCAAACGAGGAAGAAGCAGACCCAAGCAAUCCUCCUCGGCUGCUCGAUAUCUUUGACGAGAAACUUCACCCGCUGACGAACGACCCAGUUCCUGGUGAUUACGAUAGGGCAAUUCCGGAGCAACGUCACAUUUACAAAUUCCUGAAAGUUCUAUUCUCAGCGGCCAAACUUACUGCGGAGUGUGCCAUCAUUACGUUAGUGUACCUGGAGCGCCUCCUUCAUUAUGCUGAAAUUGAUCUUCAUCCCAGUAAUUGGAAGUGGAUUGUCUUGGGAUCGGUGCUACUGGCGUCCAAAGUGUGGGAUGACCAGGCAGUUUGGAACGUGGACUACUGCCAGAUCCUGCGUGACAUCUCCGUCGAAGACAUGAACGAACUGGAGAGGCACCUUCUAGAACUCUUGCAGUUUAAUAUCAACGUGGAUAGCAGUGUCUACGCCAAGUACUUUUUCGACCUUCGCUCACUGGCUGAGGAGAACCAGCUGAUGCUGGAGUCCGAGCCGCUCACACGCGACCGCGCACUAAAGCUGGAGGCAAUGUCGCCGGCGACGAAUCGUUACGAGAAGGGCGUGCUGCGCCGCUCCUCGUCAGACCCCAGGAUGACACCGAUCAAAGCUCCACCUGCCAUGCUACCAUAGUUGACGGAGACGGAAUCAGUCCGCAACCGUGGCAACACAGACGUCGGCGGUGCAUGCACCUAGCUGCGUCAUGACUACCUGUACCGUUUGAUUUAACGGCUCGUCACUUUAUCAAUAUUAUUGCAGAUUAUUUUUUUGUUCCGUUCAAUAUUUGUUUCUCUAUUUUGCUUUCUCUUUGAUGACGGCUGACCUUGCAGUGUGCUCUGUACCGCGAUGGGCAAGCACUCACACGGCUCUGCCGAUGUGCGCUGUCAACGUGUCCCCGUCCGCGGUCACCCUUUGAAUUCUCGACUCGGCAUGCCCGGUCAUUAUCACGAAUCACACUCGUCUCUGGAGCGGUGUUGGUGUGUCCUACGUCGCCAGUGUGCGUGCUGUUAUUACCGGUGUGUUGUAAAAUCACGGUAUUGUACUACUUCUGAAGUAGUGGUGUAACGAAUAUCAAAACCCAGUAGCCGAAUGCUCUUUGACUUUUAAUAACGAACGGACGAACGAUUAUUCUUUUGUUAACACAGAUGACAUCACAUGCCCUCCUCUCA